GUCUGGUAUGGAUCUGAUGGACCCAGGCAACAGUCUGCUUCUACAUGAACUGUCCCUCCAGCAGGUGGGCUUGUGGGGUAGAGGGGAUAUAGCCAUAUCACAUAGGGAAGUAGGGGUUCAUGGGGUUCUGGGGGAGCUGCCAGACAUGCUAAUAGACAGACUGACAGAUCGGAGGGGGAGGGAGGAGGGGUCCAGACUCUACCUGCUGUCAGAAAGAGUCUGUCUGAUUUUGUGAAUUUGGUACGUUAUAGUAUUGGUGGGGAGCUUUGAGUAUAGACUGAUGCAUACACACACACACACACACACACACACACACACACACACACACACACACAGUCAGUAGCAGUAGUCCUGCAGUGCUAAUUGCUGAUGUAGCUUUAAGAGUUUCCUAUGAUCUCCUCUCUUUCUCUCAACAGUAUUAUUAUAACUUUUAUCAUCUUGUUAAUUUAAAUAUACAUGAUUUUAUUAUUUAUUGAAUUCCUUUCUUUUUAUGCAUACAACAAUCGUUUAAUACAUGUACAAUCUAUUUUACCAAAUGAGAGCGCAAAAUGAGAGGAUGACUAGCUGUUGAAUGUCCAGUAUAUCUAAUAUUUCUCUCUUUCCCCCUAACUUCUUCUCCCUCUCGCCCCCUCUCCUUCUCCGUUUCUCCCUCCAUCAGGCAUACUUCCGUCAGGGUGUGGCCCUGCAGUACCUUGGUCGCCAUGCCGACGCCCUGGCAGCGUUUGCCUCUGGUUUAGCGCAGGACCCCAAAAGUCUCCAACUACUGGUGGGCAUGGUUGAGGCUGCCAUGAAGUCCCCACUACGAGGUGCAGUGUGUGUCUUUGCAUGUUUGUGUUUAUGCGUGAGUGUGUAUGUGGAUGUGUGUGCGUGUUUUACUCAGGGUCAUAACACAAUAUCUGUGCUUUCAGCUAAGAUAUAGUGUAAUUCAAAGCUGCUUCUUGUGACAUCAUCCACCCUGAAUCAAACAGUUUCACUUAUAUUAGUGAGAGAAAUACAGAAACACACAGCAGGAGUGUUUAAGAAACUGAAUAAGAUGCGAGGAGGUUCCAUCAGACUGAAUCAUCAUUCUUUUGGUUGUCAUAAUCCCUUCAUUUACCCACAAUCCAUAAUUUCUUUAUAUACCCAGUACCUCCAGGAUAACACGUGGGAUGUUAAAGCCCCCAAGAGAAAAGACAGAAGGAGAGAUGGCAGAAAGAAAAGAGAAAGAUAGAUAGGUGAAUGAGGGAGGAAGAGAAAGUAGGAUAAAAGUGGAUUCAAAAAUAUAUAUUGUUACAAUAAACAAAAACAUACAUAGACAAAAACAAUAGACAACUUAACAUUUACAUGCAUUUCCACAAACAUUAAUGACAUCACACUUGCUCAGACCCACAUGUUCCCACCAUAUAUAUCCACACCCAAUGUUGUUUCUAAUGCUUGUAAGACUACCUCAUAUGACUUCAAAUUGUGUUAUGUUGUUUCUGUCUGUAGCCAGAUUUUUUUCAAGUAUUUGAUUCUUCCAUUCUCUUAACGUUGGGGUAUCAUUUUACUUCCAAUAUUUAAGUAAUAGCUUCUUCAAUAUAAGUGACAAAAAUAAUAUUGUCCAACCCAUUGGGUAUCUCACCGCACCUCCAUAUGCCAUCUCUUGAAAUAUGCACUGGAUUAAUUUACAUUGUAAAACUUCUCACAGCCAGCUUUCUAACUCUGCCCAUAACUUUUGGACUUUAUAGCACUCCCAGAAGUCAUGAAUUAUUGAGUCAUUGUUAGUUUUACACUUAAGACAUGACUCUGCAGUAGUGCUGUAGAAUUUGUUUAUAUUUGUCUCUUGUAUAAUACAUUCUAUACAUUAGUUUAUACUGGAUUAAGCUACAUUUUUGUUAACUGUAAUUUGUUCGUUAUGUUCCAACACUCCCUCCAUCUUGUGCCUAUAUCAGUUAUUUUUAAGUCUUAGUUCCAAUAGUUGAUAUUUCUUUCCAAGAGAUUGUCAGUUGGAUAGGCUCUCUGCAAGGUUUCGUAUAUCUUACCUAUCAUAUGAGUAUUUGUUUCUGACUCAGAUAGGAUUCCCUCAAAAUUGCUCUGAUGUCCAAAAGCUUUCAGGUUUUAAGUUGCAUAUAUUUGCAAUGUCUACAUUGGUCAGUCCAAAAUUGCUUUUUAAUUCUGUCAUGGAAAUAAUUGUAUUUCCUAUUACCACGUCAUUUACGGUUUCUAUGCUUUCUAGUUUUCCAUGUGGGCCAAUUUAUAGGUGAAUUCUGAAAAGCUAUCAAAAGAUUGUUCCGUAGGGGGUGUGUUUUUAGGGAGUGAUAUUGGUUCUUGUAGAAUCCGUUUCAUUUUCUUCCAUGUUGUUAUAGUGUUUUUAAAACCUCCUAGAUGUAUAGUCCCCUAUUUUGUGGACCUGUGUGAUUCUGGUACCGGUUCCAACCCAUAUUUUCGCUUUAAAUCGAUAUGUGGACACCUUAGAUCAAAUUGGCUUGUAUUGAGCGGUAGCUCUGGUUCUCUCGGACACAGGAGUAUAAGGGACCUCUUCACUAGCUGACAACCACUACUAAGACAAGACCUGUGCCAAGAUCAGUUACUUACCCCACCGGUCCUUCCCAUAACCUCUAUGUACAAAUAAAAGAGCAGGUCUGGAAUCAGUGUGGCAGGAUAGGGUGAUUACACAGAAGGAUCUCCGCGCUUUUACUUGAUGUUUUUUUCUGGGGGACGGGAGAAAUAAUGAGGAGGCAACUUGAUUGAACGCUUUUAUUAGAAUGUUUACAUUGCAAACAGUGAAACAAUUAAUAAAUCAUGCCGCGAGAGAUACUGGAUCCGGGCAAAUAGGUGCCGGAACGAACUAAGUCAAAUAUGAGAGGUGCCGGAUCCUGUUCCUGCAGGAUUACUCAAAUUAAGCACUGCCCACAGCUGAGUAUGUGUGCAUAUGCAUAUGGAAGGUGUUCUGCAGUGACGUCUAUGUUGCUACACAUGUUGCUGUACAUUGAUGUCUUGAAAAUUAGGCUUAUAAGAAAUUCUGACUUGUGUAAGCCACACAGCUAUACUCGAGUAUGUGUAGGCUAUAGCCUACGUUUGGCGGGUGUUCUGCAGUGACGUUUAAAUUGCUUUGAAUUAAUCAGCACCUGGAGAGCGCUGUCCAUUUCACCACCAUAGAUAGUAGGCUACUUGGCUGUUUACUCUGGUUGCUACGUUGUGUUUGUCAAUUUUUUCUCACGAGCCCCCUGGAUAACCCCAGACGUUUUGAUCAAGAGAGACCUUUAGAAAAUACGCACAUUUUCUCUAACACUAAAUAUACAAAGAUGUAUUUCACAGUUAUAAGGAAGGUGAAAUCUUACAGUUAGUCGUUUUAUAAUAUAUUUAGAAAAAAUAUAAGUAAUUUCAAGCCUUAUUCAUACAGUUUUGUUGAAUAGGAAAUACAUAAUAUAAAAUAUAACAUAUUUGUAUCAUAUUUGUACUGUGUACUUGAGCUUGUGUCCUCAAAAGUGACUACACCACAGCAAUUUACAACUCUUUUUUUACCAGAAAGGUGAGAUUUGAAACUUUCUUGGAGGAUACAGUAUUAUUAGUUAUUGUUUAUGGCCCUCAUGAUAAAUAAUUACUUUUGUGGAUUACGUAGAUUACAUUUUCGAAUACAUUUAUUUACAUUUGAACUAUGAAGUUGUUCAUGUUCUUAGCUCCAUCCUUUGAAAACAGACACAUGAAAAGAUUCUGGGGAUGAGCAUGGGCAUCUUCAAUAUGUACCCAUUGUUCCUCUUUAGUGCAUUUAACAAUAUGUCGCAAGUAAAAGCCUUGGGUGGCGAGUUGAAACAAUUCCAAAUCUGGAAGGUUAAAACCACGCUCAGAUUUAGGGACAUUAUUUCAGUUUUUUCCACAUUGAUUUUAUAUCAGACCCCUUGACUUUUUCCAGAUUUUGUUAUUCUAAAAUGGAUUAAAUAAAGAAAAUCCUCAUCAAUCUACACACAAUACCCCAUAAUGACAUAAGCGAAAACCUGUAUUUAGAAACUGUUGCACAUUCAUUAAAAAUAGAAAACAGAAAUAGCUUAUUUACAUAAGUAUUCAGACCCUUUGCUAUGAGACUCGAAAUUGAGCUCAGGUGCAUCCUUGAGAUGUUUCUACAACUUCAUUGGCGUACACCUGUGGGAAAUUCAAUGGAUUUGAAAUUAUUUGAAAAGGCACACACCUGUCUAUAUAAUGUCCCACAGUUGAGAGUGCAUGUCAGAGCAUAAACCAAGCCAUGAGGUCGAAGGAAUUGUCCGUAGAGCUCCGAGACAGGAUUGUGUCAAGGCACAGAUACCAAAACAUUUCUGCAGCAGUGAAGGUCCCCAAGAACACAGUGGCCUCCAUCAUUCUUAAAUGGAAGAAGUUUGGAACCACCAAGACUCUUCCUAGAGCUGGCCGCCCAGCCAAACUGAGCAAUCGGGGGAGAAGGGUCUUGGUCAGGGAGGUGACCAAGAACCCGAUGGUCACUCUGAGAGAUCUCCAGAGUUCCUCUGUGGAGAUGGGAGAACCUUCCAGAAGGAUAGCCAUCUCUGCAGCACUCCACCAAUCAGGCCUUUAUGGUAGAGUGGCCAGACAGAAGCCACUCCUCUGUAAAAGGCACGACAGCUUGCUUGGAGUUUGCCAAAAGGCACCUAAAGGACUCUCAGACCAUGAGAAACAAGAUCUUCUGGUCUGAUGUAAGCAAGAUUGAACUCUUUGGCCUGAAUGCCAAGCGUCACGUCUGGAGGAAACCUGGCACCAUCCCUACGGUGAAGCAUGGUGGUGGCAGCAUCAUGCUGAGGGGAUGUUUUUCAGAGGCAGGGGACUGAGACACUAGUCAGGAUCGAGGGAAAGAUGAGCGGAGCAAAGUACAGAGAGAGCCUUGAUGAAAACCUGCUCCAGAGCACUCAGGACCUCAGACUGGGGUGAAGGUUCACCUUCCAACAGGACAACGACCCUAAGCACACAGCCAAGACAAUGCAGGAGUGGCUUCGGGAUAAGUCUCUGAAUGUCCUUGAGUGGCCCAGCCAGAGCCCGGACUUGAACACGAUCAAACAUCUCUGGAGAGACCUGAAAAUAGCUGUGUAGCGACGUGCCCAUCCACCCUGACAGAGCUUGAGAGGAUCUGCAGAGAAGAAUGGGAGAAACUCCCCAAAUACAGGUGUGCCAAGCUUGUAGCGUCAUAACCAAGAAGAUUUGAGGCUGUAAUCACUGCCAAAGGUGCUUCAACAAAGUACUAAGUAAAUGGUCUGAAUACUUAUGUAAAUAUGAUAUUUCAGUUUUUUUUUUAAUACAUUUGCAAACAUUUCUGCAAACCUGUUUUUGCUUUGUCAUAUUGGGUAUUGUGUGUAGAUUGAUGAGGGGAAAAAACAAUUUAAUCCAUUUUAGAAUAAGUGUGAUGAGUGUGAUGGAAAGGAGACAGGCGCAGGAGGGUAAUCACCGAAUACAGAGUUUAUUCCUUCGUAGACACAAAAAUGCGCUCAAAUAGCGAUCAACGAAACAGGCACAGGGGAAACUAUCAUCCCUGGCAAAUACACUGUAACGGAUAUACAAUAAUACAUAUGCACAGGGGAAAAUCUACCCUGGCAACAAUAUGUACGAGUAGCUCCACCGAGCUACACUACUCUCACAAAUAACAAUCACCCACAAGGACAAGGGGGCAGAGGGAACACUUAUACACAGACUAAUUAGGGGAUAGGGACCAGGUGUGUGUGAUUGACAAGACAAGACAAUUGUGAUGAUGAUUGGGGCGGCAGUGGUUAGUAAGCCGGUGACGACAAACGCCGAAGCCUGCCCGAACAAGGAGGGGAGGCAGCCUCGGCCGAAGUCGUGACAGUACACCCCCCUUGACGCGCAGCUCCAGCAGUGCGCUGACCCCGGCCUCGUGGACGGCCAUGAGGACGCAGAGCAGGGCGAGCCGGAUGGCGAUGGUGGAAAUCCCGCAACAGGGAGGGAUCGAGGAUAUCCCUCACCGGGACCCAGCACCGUUCCUCCGGACCGUACCCUUCCCACUCCACAAGGUACUGAAGGUACCUUCUGACGAUGCACAACGCGCAGGGGGUGAACGUGGACAGCGUCCCACGUCUCCUCCGCGCACCGAAACCAGUCAUCCACCGCAGGAGCCUCGGUCUGGCUCUGGUUCCACGGUGCCAGAACCGGUUGGUAACCUAAAACAUAUUGGAAUGGUGUUAGGUUAGUAGAGGAGUUCCGGAGAGAGUUCUGGGCAUAUUCUGCCUAUGGCAAGAACACCGACCACUCCCCUUGCCGGUCCUGGCAGUAGGACCGCAGGAACCUACCCACAUCCUGAUUUACCCGUUCCACCUGCCCAUUUGACUCUGGGUGGAACCCAGAGGUCAGGCUGACCAAGACCCCCAGACGUUCCAUGAACGCCUUCCAAACCUUGGACGUGAACUGGGGACCUCGGUCGGACACUAUAUCCUCUGGCACCCCGUAGUGCCGGAAGACGUGAGUAAACAGGGCCUCCGCAGUCUGCAGGGCCGUGGGGAGACUGGGCAGAGGAAGGAGGCGGCAGGACUUGGAGAAGCGGUCCACAACGACCAGGAUGGUGGUGUUACCUUGGGAGAGGGGAAGAUCAGUCAAAAAAUCUAUACUAAGGUGAGACCAUGGUCGUUGUGGAACUGGUAAAGGUUGUAGCUUACCCGCUGGGAGGUGCCUAGGUGCCUUACUCUGGGCGCACACCGAGCAGGAGGAGACGUACACCAUCAUGUCCUUAGCCAAGGUAGGCCACCAGUACUUUCCGAUCAAGCAGCGCACUGUACGACCGAUACCUGGGUGACCAGAGGAGGGUGAUGUGUAUGCCCAGAAGAUCAGACGAUCACGGAUAAGAGCAGGCACGUACCGCAGCCCAGCUGGACACUGCGGUGGAGAUGGAUCGGUGCGUAAUGCCUGCUCUAUAUCCGCGUCCAUCGCCCAUCCUAUCGGCGCCACAAUGCAGGAGGCCGGGAGUAUUGGGGUGUUGUCUCUGGGCCUCUCCUCUGUGUCAUACAGCCGGGACAGUGCGUCUGCCUUCACGUUCUUCGUACCCGGAAUGUAUGAUAGUGUAAAAUCAAACUGGGUGAAGAAUAGAGCCCACCUGGCCUGGCGAGGAUUCAGCCUCCUCGCUGCCCGGAUGUACUCCAGGUUACGGUGGUCCGUCCAGACGAGGAAAGGGUGUUUCGCCCCUUUGAGCCAAUGCCUCCACACGGUCAAAGCUCGGACAACAGCCAACAGCUCCCGAUCACCAACGUCGUAGUUCUGCUGAGCUUCUUAGAGAAGAAGGCACAGGGGCGGAGCUUGGGUGGCGUGCCCGAGCGUUGGGACAGGACAGCGCCUAUCCCUACCUCGGACGCAUCCACCUCCACUACGAAUGGUAGUGAUGGAUCGGGGUGGGCCAGUACCGGAGCUGAGGUGAACAGACCCCGCAGUCUCCUGAAGGCCAGGUCAGCCUCAGCAGACCAGCGGAGCCGGGACGGCCCACCCUUCAACAGGGAUGUAAUGGGAGCUGCAACCUUGCCAAAGCCCCGGAUAAACCUCCGAUAGUAGUUGGCAAAGUCAAGGAAGCACUGCACCUCCUUAACCGUGGGGGAGUCUGCCAAUUACUCACAUGGCUGAAAUGCGAUCUCCCUCCAUCUCCACACCUGAGAUGAUAAUGCGGUAUCCGAGGAGACUGCUGGAAAAACAUACACUUCUCUGCCUUGGCAUAAAGGUCAUUUUCCAACAGUCAGGCCAGCACUUUGCGAACCAGGGACACAUGCUCGGUGCGAGUAGCGGAAUACACCAGGAUGUCAUCGAUGUAGACCACCACACCGCGACCAAGCAUGUCCCGAAACACCUCGUUCACAAAGGACUGGAAGACGGAUGGAACAUUCAUCAAACCGUAGGGCAUCACCAGGGAUUCAUAAUGCCCUGUGGUUGUGCUGAAUGCUGUCUUCCACUCAUCCCCCUCCCGAACAUGCACCAGGUUGUAUGCACUCCUGAGAUCUAGCUUAGUGAAGAAGCGCGCCCCAUGCAUUGACUCAAUCACUGAAGGAAUGAGGGGGAGAGGAUAACUAAAUCUUAUCGUCUCCUUGUUCAGUGAUCGAUAAUCAAUGCACGGGCGCAGACCGCCGUCUUUCUUCUUCACAAAGAAGAAACUCGAGGAGGCAGGUGAAGUGGAGGGACGUAUAUACCCCUGGCCCAGGGACUCGGAGACGUAUGUUUCCAUAGCCUCCAUUUCAGCCUGCGACAGGGGGUACACAUGACUCCUGGGAGGUACAGCGUCUACCCGAAGGUUUAUCGCGCAAUCCCCCGCCCGAUGAGUUGGUAAUUUAGUCGCACGCGUCUUUGAAAACGCGUGCGCCAAAUCGAGGUAUUCGGGGGGAAUACACACGGUGGAGGUACCGUCUGGACUUUCCACCAUGGUUGCACCAACGGAAACAUCUAGACACCUACCCUGACAUUCUCGCGACCACACCGUGAGAGCCCUCUGCGGCCAUGAGAAGGUGGGGUUGUGGAGUGCUAACCGAGGGAUACCUAAUACCACAGGGAAAGCAGGAGACUCAAUAAUCGAAAAAAUAACCUUCUCAUAAUGUGUCUCCUGGGUGAUCAUGGUGACUGGUAUAGUGACUUCCGUAACAAACCCGGACCCUAAUGGUCGACUAUCAAGUGCUCUGAUGGGGAGUGGAAUGGAUAGGGGAACCAAUGAAAUGCCUUGACGGCGUGCGAAUGCCCUGUCCAUAAAGUUCCCAGCUGCGCCUGAAUCGACUAGCGCCUUACACUGGGGAACUACCAUGUGGUCGGGAAAGUGGAUAGGUAGGGUACAGUGCGCAGCAGAGGGCCCUGAACAAGUGUGGGUGUUCGAUACCUGGGGUGAUGCGUGAGUGCCCUGCCUGCCGCCUCCAGGCCCAAAAGAACGUUGACUACGACGUAUGGUGUACUGUCCCUUCGUGCCACCAGACUGUCAGUGUCCUCCUCCGCUCUCUUGGCCGGCGGCUCCACCCAGCUCCAUCGGCUCGGGAUCCGAGUCGUCCGGGGUGGAAACGGGCAGACCCCUACCAGGACGUCCUCUGGCUGCCAGCAGGUUGUCCAAACGAAUGGCCAUGUCCACCAGUUUAUUGAAGGACAACAUGGUGUCCCGGCAGGCUAGCUCCCGUCGGACGUCCUCCCGCAGAUGCCACCGGAAAUGGUCGAUCAGGGCCCACUCGUUCCACCCGGACAGUGUCCGAAACUCCAACGCGAAGUCCUGCGUGGUCCUCGUCCCCUGUCUCAGGUGGACCAGCCGCUCACCCGCCUCUCGACCCUCGGGCGGGUGAUUGAAGACCGCCCGAAAGAGGCGAGCGAACUCCCCGUAGUCCUCCAACGUGGCUCCUCCUUCGUUCCACACCGCGUUGGCCCACUCCAGGGCUUUCCCACAGAGGCAGGAAACGAGGAUGGACACCUUCUCCCGCUCCGAUGGCGCCGACCUGAUGCUGGAGAAGUACAGCUCCAUUUGGAGGAGGAAUCCCUGGCACAGCGCCGCCGUCCCAUCAAACGCCCGUGGUCGGGAUAUCUGGAUCCCUCCAGGUGCUGGGGUGUAGGUGGCUGGAUCUGGUUGGCCAGCUGGUCUCGACAGAUCGGGUCCUCCUCUCCAGGCAUUGGACGACCUGAAGAACCCGAUCCAUCGCUUCCCCCAAGCUGGCCAGCAUCGUGGAAUGCUCCUGGACCCGUGCCACGACUCCAGGCAUGCGCUCUUCUCCCGCUGACUCCAUAGCGGGUGGGUGAUUCUGUGAUGAGUGUGAUGGAAAGGAGUCAGGCGCAGGAGGGUAAUCACCGAAUACAGAGUUUAUUCCUUUGUAGGCACACAAAUGCGCUCAAAUAGCGAUCAACGAAACAGGCACAGGGGAAACUAUCAUCCCUGGCAAAUACACUGUAACGGAUAUCCAAUAAUACAUAUGCACAGGGGAAAAUCUACCCUGGCAACAAUAUGUACGAGUAGCUCCACCGAGCUACACUACUCUCACAAAUAACAAUCACCCACAAGGACAAGGGGUCAGAGGGAACACUUAUACACUGACUAAUUAGGGGAUAGGAACCUGGAGAUAGGAACUAGUUUAGUUUAUGUGUACCAAUUCUGAUACCUGUUACGAUUGGGUCCUGUCUAAUUGUUUCUGCAAGCAGUUCAAUUGCCAGCGCAAACAGGAGGGAGGGGGGAGAAAGGACAUCCCUGUCUCGUGCCCCUUUCUAAAGCAAUUUCAUCAGAUACUGUAUUAUUUGUGUAUAUUUUUGCUUUAGGAUAUUUAUAUAAUAUUUUUAUGAAAUGUAUUAUUUCAGCUGGAAGGUUGAAUGCGUCAAACGUUUUGAAUAGAAAUGGCCACUUAAGACGGUCGAACGAAAAUAGGAUUUGUGAGGUACACAUAUGAAGAGGAAUAAGUAAAAGAAGGCAGGUAAACGAGAGAAGGUAGAGAAUUGAUUGACUGACAAAGAGAGAAUAGAGAGAGAAAUAGAGAAAUAGAAGAAAGAAAGUGUAUACACUGAAGCUGAUCAUUAGCUCUUCCACAGUGUCUCUCCUCCGUAGAUUCCUUGUUCUCUCCAUAGUUGAUCGUUCUGGGGUACAGUCAAUGAUGUAUAUAUACAUUGUAUUGCUGGUGCUAUGUAUUUGGCUUUGAAGCCGGCGGUAUUUUGUUGUUGUAGUGGGGACAGUAACAUUAUAACUUUUUUAAAUUAUACUUAUAUUUGUAUGUUUAUCUUACAUAAUACCAUUUAAAAGUAUGCAUUAAGGUGUCUGUAAUAUAAUAAACAUUGCAAAAACAAAUGUAUACAUGAAUAAAUGCAUUUCUAUAGCUGUGUGUGUGUGUGUCUCCAUAGACUCUCUAGAACCCACCUACCAUCAGCUGCAGAGGAUGAAGCUGGAAAAGAGUCCGUUCGUGGUGGUGUGUGUGAUUGGUCAGGAGCUGCUAACUGCUGGUUACCACGGCGCCUCUGUGGUGGUCCUGGAGGCGGGGCUAAAGAUUGGCACAUGCUCUCUGAAGGCAAGGCAGUUUGUGUGUUUCUGUAUGUGUGUGUGUUUCUAUGUGUGUGUGAUGAUCAUCACGUUUCUUCUUUCUUCUCUGUUUUUUCUGAAGCUCCGAGGUUCAGUGUUCUCUGCUCUUAGCUCAGCCAACUGGUCGCUAGGCAACGCAGAGAAGAGCACAGGAUACAUGCAGCGAGACCUGGAGGUCGCCAAGACGCUAGGUACACACACACCCACCCACACAUUGUUGGGAAAGAGCUCGCAAGCAUUUCACUGUACAGUUUUACACCUGUGCAUGUGACAAUACAACUUGAAACACACAUACACACACUCACAAUUGCUUUGACUCACACAAUUGCAUGCAUACACACAGAUACAUACACUAGGUACAGUGCCUUGCAAAAGUAUUCAUCCCCCUUGGCGUUUUUCCUAUUUUGUUGCAUUACAACCUGUAAUUUAAAAUGAUUUUUAUUUGGAUUUCAUGUAAUGGACAUACACAAAAUAGUCCAAAUUGGUGAAGUGAAAUGAAAAAAAUAAGAGGGGGCGCCCACCAAAAUGCACGGACCAGGCAAGGAGGGCAUUAAUCAGAGAGGCAACAAAGAGACCAAAGAUAACCCUGAAGGAGCUGCAAAGCUCCACAGCGGAGAUUGGAAUAUCUGUCCAUAGGACCAAUUUAAGCCGUACACUCCACAGAGCUGGCCUUUUACGGAAGAGUGGCCAGAAAAAAGCCAUUGCUUAAAGAAAGAAAUAAGCAAACAUGUUUGGUGUUCACCAAAGGGCAUGUGGGAGACUCUCAAACAUAUGGAAGAAGGUACUCUGGUCAGAUGAGACUAAAAUUGAGCUUUUUGGCCAUCAAGGAAAACGCUAUGUCUGGCACAAACCCAACACCUCUCAUCACCCCGAGAACACCAUCCCCACAGUGAAGGAUGGUGUUGGCAGUAUCAUGCGGUGGGUAUAUUUUUCAUCGGCAGGGACUGGGAAACUGGUCAGAAUUGAAGUAAUGAUGGAUGGUGCUAAAUACAGGGAAAUUAUUGAGGGAAACCUGUUUCAGUCUUCCAGAGAUUUGAGACUGGGACGGAGGUUCACCUUCCAGCAAGAAAAUGAUCCUAAGCAUACUGCUAAAGCAACACUUGAGUGGUUUAAGGGGAAACAUUUAAAUGUCUUGGAAUGGCCUAGUCAAAGCCCAGACCUCAAUCCAAUUGUGAAUCUGUGGUAUGACUUAAAGAUUACUGUACACCAGCGGAACCCAUCCAACUUGAAGGAGCUGGAGAAGUUUUGCCCUGAAGAAUGGCCAAAAAUCCCAGUGGCUAGAUGUGUCAAGCUUAUAGAGACAUACCCUAAGAGACUUGCAGCUGUAAUUGCUGCAAAAGGUGGCUCUACAAAGUAUUGACUUUGGGGGGGUGAAUAGUUAUGCACGCUCAAGUUUUCAGUUUUUUUGUCUUAUUCAUUGUUUGUUUCACAAGAGAAAAUAUUUUGCAUCUUCAAAGUGGUAGGCAUGUUGUGUAAAUCAAAUGACCCCAAAAAUCCAUUUUAAUUCCAGUUGUAAGGCAACAAAAUAGGAAAAAUGCCAAGGGGGGUGAAUACAUUCGCUAGCCACUGUAUGGGUGGAGAGAGAGAUGUCGCUGUACGUGUGACUUAAUACUGUGAUAACCCACUGAGUGGAAGACAAGGCAUUUGCUAUGUGAGCUAACACAAGUCAUCAGGUCACUCAUCACUCACAAUUCUAGAUGAAGUUGUGUGGAAAAAGGAAAUGGGGGGGCGAAAUAUACUUCUCCCAUUGGCAAAGAAACUCAAAAGGGGUGAUGAUAUUAAUGAAUAGUAAUUUUGAUCCGAAUGUGCAAAUUGUCCAAACAGAUCCACAAGAUAGAUGGAUGAUUUUAAAUAUGUUAUUGGACCAUAAACAGAUAUGGCUCAUUAAACUUUACGGACCAAAUAAUGAUGAUCCACGCUUCUUUUAAAAUAUAUAUAGUAAAUUAUCAACCUGCAAGCAAUACAAGACUCUAUUAUUAUGGUGGGAGAUUAUAAUACUGUUUUAAAUAGCUCAAUGGACCGUAAAGGAAAUCACACUACAAACUAUCACCCUCAUGCUCUUAAGGAAAUCAUGAAUGUCAUGGAUACAUUAGAACUAGUGGAUAUAUGGAAGCUUAAAUAUCCUGACCUAGUGAGAUAUACAUGGCAGAGACUCAAUCAAGCUAGUCGUCUUGACUUCUUUCUUAUGUCAUUCUCGUUGGCACCAAAAGUUUAAAAAGUGUUGAUAGGGGACAGAAUGCAGUCAGACCAUUGUAUAAUUGGCAACUCUUACUGAAUUUGCACGUGGGCGAAGAUAUUGGACAUUUAAUCAACGCCUAUUGGAUGAUAACUUGUUUUUAACUAGGACAGAGGAAUUUAUAACUGAAUUUGUCUGACAUAACAUAGGAACAGCAAAUCCCCAUAUUGUAUGGGACACUUUUAAAUGUGCCUUUAAAGGCCAUGCAAUUCAGUACACAUCUCGAAAACAAAAGCAAUUUAGGUCAAAAGAGUCCAUACUAACAAAGGAAAUAGAAGGUCUAACAGAACAGCAAUAAAAACGGUAACAGAGGCUCAGAAUAAGUUAGAGGAAAAACUAAAAGAAAUGGAGGAACUUAUUCAAGAAAGAUCAAGUGUAAUAUAUUAUAAAAAUAAAGCAAACUGGAUGGAAUAUGGGAAAAAAUGCACCAAAUAUUUUUUUUAUCUUCAACAUAGAAAUGCUACCAAAAAGAAUUUACUGAAAUUGGUUACAAAUGACGAAGUCACCCAUGAUUCACCAAAUUAUAUUUUGAAGGAGGAAGGAAAGUACUUUAAGCAUAUGUUUUCGUUUCAGUCGCCUCCAUCUCCUCCAACUGAAGCUAAUUGUAUGGAUUUUUUUCUAUUGAUAAUGUAAGAUUAACAGCCAUACAGAAAGACACAUGUGAAGGUGAAAUUACAGAGGAGUAACUUCUGGAUGCAAUUAAAGCCUUUAUAUCUGGGAAAACUCCAGGGUUGGAUGGCAUACCAGUUGAGGUAUACCAAACCUUUUUUGAUAUACUCAGAGGACCGUUAUUAGCAUGUUUUAACCACAGAAGGUCUGAUUUCAUUAUUACUGAAACAGGAUACAAGUGGGAAAUAUAAAGAUCCAGUCCAUUGAAACAAUUGGAGGCCCCUUACACUUCAGUGUUGUGAUGCAAACAUUUUAGCAAAAUGUAUAGCGCAUAGAAUUAAAAAGGUCUUGUCGGACAUUAUUCAUUCUAAUCAGACUGGUUUUUUACAUGGACAAUACAUUGGAGAUAUUAUAAGGCAAGUAAUGGAAACAAUAGAACGAGAACAAUAGAAUGGUUAAAAAUCAUGUGUAGUAACCCUAUGUGUAAAAUAGUAAAUAAUGGCUGUUUCUCAGAAAGUUUUAAACUGUCAAGCGGAGUAAAACAAGGUUGUCCACUAUUGGCAUAUCUAUUUAUUAUGGCCAUCGAAAUGUUAGCUAUUAAAAUCAGAUCCAACAAUAAUAUCAAGGGAUUAGAAAUCCAGGGCUUAAAAACAAAGGUGUCAUUGUACACUGAUGAUUCAUGUUUUCUUUUAAAUCCACAACUUGAAUCCCUCCACAGCCUCAUAGAGGAUCUAGAUACAUUUUCUAACCUCUCUGGAUUACAACCAAAUUAUGAUAAAUGUACUAUAUUACGUAUUGGAUCACUAACAAAUACAAUUUUUACAUUUACGUGUAGUUUACCAAUAAAAUGGUCUGAUGGUGAUGUGGAUAUACUCGGUAUACAUAUCCCAAAAGAAAUAAAUGAUCUCACUCCAAUAAAUUUGAAUAGAAAGUUAGCAAAAAUAGAUAAGAUCUUGCUACCAUGGAAAGGUAAAUACCUGUCUAUUUGUGGAAAAAUCACCCUGAUUAACUCUUUAGUAUUAUCCCAGUUUACCUAUUUGCUUAUGGUCUUGCUAGGUUUUUUAAAUUAUAUGAGAAAAAAAUAUUCCAUUUUAUUUGGAACGGCAAGCAAGAUAAAUUUAAACGGGCCUAUUUAUAUAAUGAAUAUGAAUUCGGAGGACAGAAAUUAUUAAAUAUUAAAGCAUUAGACCUAUCACUAAAAGCUUCAGUCAUUCAAAUGUUAUACUUAAAUCCAAACUGGUUCUCUAGCAAAUUAGUAAGAUUGUCUCACCCCAUGUUCAAGAAUGGCAUUUUUCCCUUUAUUCAGAUUACAACCUCUCACUUUCAGUUAUUUGAAAAUCUCCCAAAUAUCACUAUUUCUAAAACAAGCCAUAGAAAGUUGGUUGUAAUUUCAAUUUAAUCCUCCAGAAACAACAGAACAAAUAAUGCAACAAAUAUUGUGGUUAAACUCAAAUAUACUAAUUGAUAAAAAACCAUUAUUUAAAAAAUAAUAAUAAUAAUACAAUCUUCGUAAAUGUUGUCAUAGGUAGGACUGGUGGAGUUAAGUCGCACAUGCAGCUAACAAAAACAUAUGGAAAUGUCUGCUCUACCCAAAAUUACAACCAAAUAAUUGCAGCAUUACCGCAAAAGUGGAAGGAGGAAAAAGUAAGGAACUUGUCUGUCGGCCCUGCAUUAAAGACCAUUAUUGGUUAAAGAAAAUUGUGAUAAAUAAAAAAGUAUACCAGUUUCAUUUAAGGACCAAAGGAUUGACAGCCAUCCCAUAUAGAUUGCAAAAUAGUUGGGAAAAUAUUUCUGACAUACCGAUUCCAUGGCAAAUUGUUUAUGAACUGAUAUGUAAAACGACGCCGGAUUCAAAAUGUAGAAUUUUUCAAUUUAAAUUAUUAUACAAAAUUCUGGCUACCAAUAUAAUGUUAUUUAAAUUGGGGAUUCAAUCUUCCCAGCUCGGCAGAUUUUGCUGCGAAGAGACAGAAUCAUUAGAUCAUUUGUUUUGGUACUGUCCAUUUGUAGCUUGUUUUUGGUCAUAGGUCCAGGAAUGGCUGAAGGAUUGCAAUAUUUACCUGGAGCUAACCCUGCAGAUAGCACUACUGGGUGAUCUGAAAAGUCAUAGUCAAUCGAUCAAUAAUAUAAUAAUACUUUUAACAAAAAUGUUUAUUUUCAAUUUACAAUCUGUAGAAACAAUGAGAAUAGAAGGGUUCAGAACUUUUGUUAAACAGCACAGUACAGUUGAAAAAAUAUGGCAAAUAGAAAUCCUAUAUGGAUGGUGUUAAGAGAUAGAUGGGAGGGGUUGAAUGAAGCUAAAGUUUGGGACUAAUAACAACAAGAUAACUAAUGUAAAAAUACUUUGUCCAUAAUAAGUAUAAAGGUUAUAUUAAGUAUAAGUUAAGAACUUUUGUGAAAGAGCACAGUUUGAAAGAUAUGGCAUAUAGAAGCAAACCGGAUGGACAUCAUGAAAAUGAUCGAGGGUAGAGGAAGUUCAGAAGUAAAAACAAACAAAAUAGAACUAUUGUAAAUUUGACUGUGUCCAUAAAAUGUAUAUAGUAUGUAUAAGCUGGAAGUAGAGGCCUAAGCGUUGUUGUUCUCUAGUUUACUCCAAUUAGGGGAGGGGUGGUGGGGUUGGAAAGUAAGAAAGGAAAAUAUAUUUUAAAAAAGGAUAUGUAUGUAUAUAUAUAUAUGCAAUAAAAUGCAAAUUAAUUACUUAAAAAUCAUACAAUGUGAUUUUCUGAUUUUUUUGGAUUCCGUCUCUCACAGUUGAAGUGUACCUAUGAUAAAAAAUUACAGACCUCUACAUGCUUUGUAAGUAGGAAAACCUGCAAAAUCGGCAGUGUAUCAAAUACUUGUUCUCCCACUGUAUAUAUAUAUUUGCGAGAAAAAAUAUAUAUGGGGGAUUGGAAGUGUUGCAGACAAUUACAUUGAUAAAGUUACAAUCUAUCUGCAAUAUUAAAGCUGAUCUACCCCCGAAAAAAAAAAAAAAAAAAAAGGUCACUCAUCAUGUGAGUGUAGUUCACUGAACCACCUCCACUACAUCAUGUAUUAGCAGAAAUCUGCAGGCUUCAAACCCAAAUGAAUUGGAACAUUUAACACCAUCUAAGAAGCCUUAUGUCCACACCCACCUCAUUAUCAUGUCUUCCCAGGUGACCAAUCAGGCGAGUGCCGAGCUCACGGGAACCUAGGCUCUGCCUACUUCUCCAAGGGCAACUACAGGGAGGCUUUGACCAAUCACAGACAUCAGCUGGUCCUCGCCAUGAAACUCAAGGACAGAGAGGUGUGUGUGUGAUCGCUCCAUUGUGUACUUCUCCUUCUCUUUCCCCUUCUUCUAUUCAGGAGCCAUGCUGAGAUGCUCUCAGUCAGAGCAAUGUGACAAUAUAACAAUAUAAAAAAAAUGCUCUUGAGCUGCACCACUCACUGUUCAUGACUGAAAUACAAUGAGGAGGAAUGAGAAGAAAGUCUCUGUAUUAUGGUGAAGAUAUCAUUUCCAUUAGAAUUGAACUUGACUGGACACAUUGCAGACCUGACUGUGUGAAUAUCAGUACAGCUGUAUUGCUGUAUGGUUAUGCUGUGUGUUCACAUGUCAUUGUAUAUGUUAUUCAAUAUUUAUUGUUUGUUUAAUAUUGUACGAAACAUGCCUUUCAGUGUAACCUUGUUUAUGCACGUUCUGAAUAUGCUAUACAAUGUGUUUGUGUGUGUGUUUUGGUGUGUAGAGGACAGUUGUGUCCGAGCUCAGUCAUUUAAAGGCAUCCUAGAUGUCAAAUCGAUAAGACACCUGUCACCAAGACGAAUGGGUGCGUGAACAGGUCCAUUCUAAUGAAAGCAGCGUGUGUGUGUGUGUGUGUGUGUGUUUAGAGCUGAGGACAGAGGUGUGAGUGUGACAUGAUUAUUGAGUCUCCUCUCCAGUCGACACCAGAGGUCCACAGCCUGAGGUUGUUCAAACACACACAUCAUUAUUAACAUCAAUGUUACUCUACACCUCCUCAUCUUUCCCACUGUUUCCUUUUGUUUAGAUUGUGUGUGUGUCUUUCUAAGAUGCCUUCUGUGGCAGUGUUAAUGUGGUGCGAUGGUAGCCUCAGGGUUAGAGAGGCGGGCCAGUCACCAGAGGGUUACCGGUUUGAAUGCCAGGACUGAGGACAAAUCUAACAAGUCUGUGUGUUUGUCUCUAGGCUGCGUCCGGUGCGCUGAGCAGCCUUGGCCAUGUGUACACAGCGAUAGCGGACUACCCUAACGCCCUGGCCAGCCAUAAGCAGUGUGUGCUGUUGGCACGGCAGACACAAUGCCCGCUGUCAGAGGCUCGCCAGCUGGGCAACAUGGGAGCUGUUUACACAGCACUGGGAGACUUCACCAAUGCUAUGCAGUGUCACCAGCAACACCUGGACAUAGCUAAGGUAUUUAACUAAUGAAGAACCACACACGCAUACAUACAAACACACAUAUGCAUGCACCAGGGUUGGGGUCAAUUCUAUUUCAAUUCAGGAAGUGAACUGAAAUUCGAAUUAUUUUUUCUCAAUCUGUCUUUCAUUUCACUCACUUCUUUAUAUUUUCAUCUAUUGUAUUAAAGGCACUGAAUAAAAUCAACAUUUAUAUUAUCUGAUGUGAUCUGCAGACCCUAGGUAAUGGUCCUGAGGAGGCGCGGGCGUACAGUAACCUGGGCAGUGCCCACCACAGCCAGAGAGACUUUGACAAGGCUGUGUCCUACCACACCCUGGUGCUGCAGCUGGCUCAGGAGCUGAAGGACAGGACCAUACAGAUGAGGGCUUAUGCCGGCCUGGGACAUGCUGCUCGCUGCAUGCAGGUAGCAGACCACACACAUACUGUAUACACAAAGAUAUACACACCAGUGCUUGAUUUGGGCUGGAGCUGUCUGGAGCAUCGUAACAACACCUCCAGUUUUUGGGGAACUGUGUACUGGCUCCUCUAUAAAACAAAGUGGCUUAUCACUGGCCCGGAUUCACACAUAGCUUCUAAAAAAGGUUGAUGAAAGUGUAAUGAAGGCGGGACCUACAUUGAAUAGCAAUGAAGAGUGGGCAUUCAUAUCCUGAUUCUGCUUUGUUUAAGUUUAUUUGCCGCUAGUCUGUGAAUCCGGUGUAUGCGUGCCAGUACUGUUCGAGUUUGAGAAUGCGCAGAUUGAGAAUGGGCCAGUUUGUAUGCGCAGGAUGUGCUGUUCUAAAUGGUCAAAUUUGGGUUUUUACAGUCAUGAAAAUCCUGGAAAAGUCAUGGGAUUUUUAUAUUGUGUUUUCCUUUUUAAAAAUAUUAUCAAUCACUUAAAUAUUGACAUGCCAGCCAUGAUCCGAAUUUGGUCUACCCUUCAGCACAUCUCUCUGUGUGCUGUGCAUCAUCUGCGUGUGGGCCAGUGCGAGUGGACUAUUGCCCGAGGAGAGAGAGAGACAUUUCAGCAGCAGGUAGCCUAUAAAAUAAUGAUAGACGAACUGUAUAGCCAAUUCAAAACAUAGCUUGUAGAAUGGCUAGUUAUCUCGCUAGUUAACUAUUUAGCUAUAAGCAAUAAUGUCGUUGACUCAUUUGUUGCCUUUCCACUGGCACUGUUGAGAAAUACAUCUGAUACCGUUAUUGGAAAGCUGGGAUUCCCCUCUAUUAAAAAGUAGGCUAGCCAUGUAAUUCCGACAACGUUACAAAUAUUCUAAGAAUAGCCUAAUUGACAAAUAACUGACAUGCUGUGCAAAGAUCUCCCCUGAAACAGGAAUAUUUUAUCCUUAUAAAGUAGCCUAUCUUAUCCAUUUCAUCCCUGAUCCAUUGAAUGAGGGAAUAAUUGUAAAAAGACAAAAGUAUUUGGUUGUAAUGUUGCAAUAUUUUAUAUCAAGGGUGGCCAACCAUCCUCCAGGAGAGCUACUGGGUGUGCAGGCUUUUGUUCAAGCCCUGCUCUAACACACCACAUUGUAGCCUAAACAUCAGCUGCUCAACAGGACCUUGAUAAGCAAACUUGUUUCAGGGCUGGAUCAACACCCAGUAGCUCUCCAGACGGAGGGUUUUAUACAGUAGCCCAACAGUGCAGUUAUUGUACUUUGUGGGGGGUUAAGUGCCUUAAUCAGGGGCACAAAGGCAGGAGAUAGUAGGCCUACAUGAGAUCAGAGACCAGAAGCCUUCCAGUGUUAAUACCACAUUUAUGCUGUCUUUUUCAUGCUAGGAUACAUAGAGACACCACCAAUUAUUGGUCAUUGAAAUGUGGUUAAAAAAGACAGCUCCUGCACCUUAUUCAUCCGAAAUCAAGCACUGAUACACACACACACAUAUGUACAGAUGGUCACACACACAGCAUAACUCUCCAUAUGUUCUCCAGGACUUGGAGAGGGCAGGCCAGUACCACCAGCAGCAGCUGGACAUAGCAGAGGAGCUACAGGACAGAGCUGCACAGGGACGAGCUUCAUCCAAC